UUUAUUCUUUCUUUUUACUUCUACAAUGUCUUAUGUUUCCACAUUAUGGAAAAAAUGCUAACAUCAUUCUCAUUGUGAUAGCUUCAAAUAAUCUCACCCUCAAAAAAUAAUCACCUCCACACUUUCUCUUUCCACCACCUCUCUAUCUCUCUCUCUUUUCACUCCUAACUCUCUUUACACUUUCUUAAAAACAAACCACCAUGGGAAAAGCAACAAGAUGGUUAAAGGGAAUAUUUGGCAUAAAAAACACUAACACAAACACUAACAAAGACACACAAAAUAAUAACCAAACUUACAACUCCGGUGACCGGAAAAGGUCAAGUUUUGGUCAUUCCGGCAGAGGUUCCGGCGCAAAAAGAGAGUUGUGUAAUAAUCCAACAACUAUUCCACCUAAUAUUUCUAGCUCAGAAGCUGCUUGGUUGAAGUCAUACUAUGAAGAUACUGAGAAACAACAAAGUAAGCACGCCAUUGCGGUGGCUGCCGCCACUGCUGCGGCGGCUGAUGCGGCGGUUGCAGCUGCUCAGGCUGCUGUUGCGGUGGUUAGGCUUACUAAUCAUGGACGGGGACCAAUGUAUCCCGGGAGUUGUGGUGGUGGUGGAAAAGAGAAUUGGGCCGCGGUUAAAAUUCAAACCACGUUUCGAGGAUAUUUGGCAAGGAAAGCACUAAGAGCAUUAAAAGGAUUAGUGAAGAUCCAAGCACUAGUAAGAGGAUAUUUGGUAAGAAAACAAGCUACGGCAACUCUUCAUGGUAUGCAAGCACUCAUAAGAGCUCAGGCUACGGUUAAGUCCAAACGGGCUCAAGCCCGAUUCGCCAAUUACGAAUAUUCGGGUUUUUCUCAACCCGAAUUCAGAGCCCGAAGAUCUUUGGAAAUAUAUGAUGACACAAGGAGUGAUCAUAGUGCAUCAACACAUAGUAGAAGGCUCUCAGCCUCCUUUGAAAGCAGAACUAUCAACCCAAUCUCCGAAGACAUACCCAAGAUAGUUGAAGUGGAUCCGGGUCGACCUAGAUCAUCAUCAUCAAGAGGUUGGAGAUCGAAUAAUAGCCCGCGACCGAAGCCUGAACCCGACCCGUAUUACCCUCCUCGGAUAUCCAUCCCAAAUUGCCAACAUUGGCACGAUACCGAGUGGGGCCUAACGGGUGAUGAGUGCCGGUUUUCGACCGCUCAAAGCACGCCCCGGUUCAUGAACAUGAGCGGGCCGCCGAACCCGGUUCCAAUCACCCCAUCAAAGAGUGUAUGUGGGGACAAUACAUACUUCUUAAGGCACUAUGGAAAUUACCAUCAAAACCCUAAUUAUAUGGCUAAUACACAAUCAUUUAGGGCAAAGGUAAGGUCCCAAAGUGCCCCAAAACAAAGACCAGAAUCAGGUUAUUCUAAGAAGAAAUUGUCCUUAAAUGAGAUUAUGGAGUCUAGAAAUAGUCUAAGUGGUGUUAAAAUGCAAAGGUCAUGUUCCCAAGUUCAAGAGGCAAUUAAUUUUAAAAAUGCUGUUAUGGGUAAACUUGGUAGAUCAUAUGACUUUAGUAGAGAAGCACAAGUAUACCACUUGCAAAGGGAAUAUGAGUAGUACUACUAGUUGUUUACUAAGUUUAUUUCAAUGUUCAUUUUUAUAUAGUGUCAAAAUUAAAUGUUAGUUGUACCAUUUCGGUACAUUAUUAUUAUUAUUAUCUUUGAUAGCUAGCAAUAGCAAUGUGAUACAAGAAAUGUAAAUUGGUUUGUUGGGUAUGAUUUGAAUUUGUCAGCAUUAUAAUCUUACAUACCUUAUUGUUACUUCAA